AUGUCGGACUGGGAGGAUGAGUACGAUUCGGAUGGUUUGGCAACUUCAAAGCCGUUGACCCUUCAGGCUACGCCGGUGGUAAACUCAUUGAAGCCUCCGUCUUUUCGAGGCACACAGGGCCGUGAAACCGCGAGUUUCGGCGCAAAGUGGGGCAGUGAAGCUCCACGUGCUAAAGUGGACGUUGAUGGUCAGUGGAGAAAAUGGAGGGACCGAGACUCCGAAUUAAAAGCAUAUGACUGUGCAGCCGGUAGAGAUGACAGUUACAGUCGCUCCCGGGUUGGGCCUGGUAAAGGUCGCGGUGAUGGAAAGAGAUCAGGUUCAGCAGCGCCGACAACACUGCGUGUGGAAAACUGUCUGGUCGGGAGGAUAAUAGGUCGAGGCGGGGCAAAAAUUCGGGAACUUGAAGAGAGCAGUGGAGCAUCGAUCAAGAUAAGCCAAUGUGCUAAUGAAGCAGAGGUGCUCAUCUUUGGAAGCUGUGAUGUUCAACUCAAAGCCAAAGACAUGAUUGAAGAAUUGGUGCAUGGGAACUCGUUCAGAGGUCCUGGACAACGCAAUGGAAAUAGCGCUGCAGGGUUUCAGAGUGAUUCAUGCUGGCCAGAUUCUGCCGUACGGGCUGCGGCUGCGGCUGCCUCUGCGGCUGCACCAAUUGACUGGACUGCACUUAGAGAAAACCGUGAUAAAUAUGAAGCUAUGAAAUGGCAAGAUCUUCCUGAUCUGAAGAAAGAUUUCUAUAUUGAAUCAGAAUCAGUGGCUGCUCGCAGUGCAGAAGUUGUUCAAGCCUGGAGAAAAGAAAAUAACAACAUCUUUGUGGAUGAUUUGAGAGACAGGGAAAAAAGAACCAUUCCCAGUCCAGUUUGCACUUUUAAGGAGGCUUUUGUACACUAUCCUGGAAUAAUGGAAAACAUCGUCAGAGUGGGAUUUCAAAAGCCAACUCCUAUUCAGUCACAAGCCUGGCCAAUAAUUCUGAAAGGAAUCGACCUGAUUGGCAUAGCACAGACAGGAACAGGCAAAACUCUGGCCUAUCUGCUUCCUGGCUUUAUUCAUAUGGAUGAGCAACCUGUGCCUAGAGACAAGCGAGAAGGCCCUGGCAUGUUGGUUUUGACUCCCACACGAGAGCUUGCCCUUCAGAUUGAAGCCGAGUGCAGCAAAUACAGCUACAAAGGCUUUAAAAGUGUCUGUAUCUAUGGUGGAGCUGACAGACGGGCCCAGAUUAAGCUAGUGACCAGUGGUGUAGACAUAGUCAUCGCUACACCAGGACGAUUAAACGAUCUGCAAAUGAAUGAGCUUAUUAACUUGCGCUUUAUCACCUAUCUUGUGUUGGAUGAGGCUGACAGAAUGUUGGAUAUGGGCUUUGAACCUCAAAUCAUGAAAAUUAUUCUGGAUAUUCGGCCUGACAGACAAACCAUUAUGACCAGUGCCACCUGGCCAACAGGUGUCAGGCGGUUGGCCAAAUCCUACCUGAAAGACCCCAUGAUGGUUUACGUGGGCACCUUGGAUCUAGCGGCGGUAAACACCGUUCAGCAGACGGUACUGUUUGUGCAAGAGGAAGAAAAGAAAGCCUAUGUGUUCGAUUUCAUCCACCAAAUGGAGCCUUUGGACAAAGUGCUGAUAUUCGUUGGAAAAAAAAUAAAAGCUGAUGACCUCUCCAGUGACCUGUGUCUACAGGGAGUAGCGGUACAAUCUUUGCAUGGAGACAGAGAGCAGUGUGACAGAGAAGAAGCACUGCAGGACUUUAAAGAUGGUCGGGUGCGUAUUCUGGUGGCUACUGACUUGGCCUCCCGGGGGCUAGACGUUCAUGACAUCACGCAUGUCUUCAACUAUGACUUUCCUCGGAACAUAGAGGAGUAUGUGCACCGCAUCGGGAGAACAGGGCGAGCAGGGAGGUCCGGAGCUUCUGUAACCCUGGUAACAAGAGAAGAUUGGAAAAUGGCUUCCGAGUUGAUCACUAUCCUGGAGAGAUCUGGUCAGGAUGUACCAGAGGAGCUGGUAAUGAUGGCUGAGCGUUAUGAAAAACAUCAGAGGGAGAAAGAAAUGUUUGCACCCAGAGGCCGAGGAGGAGGACGGAGAGGUGGUUUUGGAGGAGGCUCAGACCUGCACUUCUGAUCUCUUGAAAGAUCAAUGCAGCUGUAGUACCUGGAGUUGCAUUUAUUCACUUUUAAAAUGUUUAUACUCUAUUUGUAGAGAGACCUGUGAUGUUCUUGUAAACAAAUAUUAUUUAAGUUUUGUUUUUUCAAAAUCAGAUUAAUGUUGUAUGCAGUUUAUUUCUUUAAUG